UCUCUCUCUCUCUCCCCACGGGGGAAAGGAAUAAGACAGUUUCGAGGGUAAAACAGAAGCUUUUGUUCUGUGACUAGCAUUAUAAAUUCCUCUUGCCAUGCGCUAAUAAUUAGCCCGCCGACUCGGUAUCUCUCCCGAUCCCAUUCAUUCACCGUUUCAUCAUUACUUGCCAUCGGGAUUUCCGUGUGUGCAGUGGCAACGCAAUCGAAUUUUCGUAUUCGAAGUGUGAUUCGAUUCUCAGGCCUGCUUUUGAUGCAAAAUUGAAGAAAUCGGAUGCUUCUGGAGCUUGAUUUAUACACAAAAGGGAGAACGCGCCGCAUUUGAAGUAUCUGGAGGAGAUCCGAGGAUUCAUAUGAGACAUUUGGAGGUUUACUGUAAUUCUGACAUUCUGUAAUACCUUCUUGUUACAAACAAUUGCAGAGAGUACUAGUUUUCCUAGUCGCUUUAUUGUCCCAGGAAGAAGUCAGUGCAGCGUUGCGGUUAUUUUGGAAGCUGUAAGGAAACAUAGUUAUUGGUAUGUUUGGAAGGUUUGCUUAUUAGAGUGAGAUCUUAGGAAGUUCCAGAACUCCCUAGUUCUCUGAAUGAAUGUUGUGUGAUCGGUUUGACCCGAAUAGCCAUGAAUUCAGCUCAUAAAGGAGACUCAUCAGUGUCUCCUUAUCCAAGGACUCUUUCAUCUAUUGCAGUUUCAGCUUGUGGAUUAGCAAUAUUUCUAAUUCUCGCUUCAUUGCUUUUGGUCUCCCAACCAAUUGGGUCUGCUGUUACUGGAUACUUCUAUGGUGUUGAUCACUUUAGUGGAUUUGAAUUCAAGUCAGUGAGUAACGAAACAGUCCAAGAUUCUCACUCUGACAGCAAAGAAAUUUUCACAAAUUUGGAUUCAGUUGUCUCGGGGUCCAAUGAAACUGCAAAUAGUUAUAAACAUGACGAUGAGCAAAUUGAUGAUUCUCAUGUCAAGUCAAACUCAUCAAUGCAAGGUGACAGUCAAUUGGUAAUAGCAGCCCCCCGAGAUGACAGUGGUGACAGGAUGGAUAAUAAGAAUGUAUCUUCCAGGUCUCAGGGAAAAAAGGACUUGAUAAAUUUCCAACAAAGAGAAGAAAAUAUGGGUUUUUCUGGCCCCAUGGUUGUAUCAGAGACGAAGGAGACAGUGGAUCAACUAGGAAAAGACAUAACUGGAAAUUCUACUGCUCCCAAUAUUAUAAAGGACAUCGAAAAUGCUAGAACUCCUUCCCUUGGUUUACUAAAUAAUUCUGAUGCUGAACAGCCAGGAUUAGCUGUGCAAUCUUUGACCCCUGCACCAGGUGGGGUAAGCCCUAGUGGUUCAGUUGAUUCAGGUUGUGAUCUGUACCAUGGAAAAUGGGUAUAUGAUUCAUCUGGACCAUUAUACACAAACAAUUCGUGCCCUGUCCUGACUCAGACACAGAAUUGCCAGGGAAAUGGGAGGCCUGACAAAAACUAUGAAAAUUGGCGAUGGAAGCCUUCCAAGUGUGACCUCCCUCGAUUUGAUGCCAGAAAGUUUCUAGAGUUGAUGAGGGGGAAGACUUUAGCUCUCAUUGGUGAUUCAGUUGCUCGGAAUCAGAUGGAAUCACUACUAUGCAUCCUAUGGCAGGUUGAAGUGCCAAAAAACCGUGGAAACAAAAAAAUGCAACGCUACUACUUUAAAUCGACCUCUACAAUGAUCGUCCGAAUAUGGUCCUCAUGGCUUGUCCGCCAAACAUCCGAGCCAUUCGAUAAUAUUCCAGCUGGCGUGGUCAAGCUCCACCUUGAUGCACCUGAUGAAGGCUUCAUGGAAUUCAUCCCAAGUUUUGACGUGAUUGUCCUUUCAUCUGGCCACUGGUUUGCUAAGCAGUCGGUCUAUAUUUUGGACAAUGAGAUUGUGGGAGGACAACUGUGGUGGCCAGACAAGUCACGGCAAAUGAAAAUUAACAAUAUCGAGGCUUUUGGCGUAUCUGUUGAAACAAUUCUAACUUCCAUUGCUACACAUCCAAAUUACACGGGUCUGACAAUUGUUCGUUCCUUUUCACCUGAUCAUUAUGAGGGUGGGGCCUGGAAUACUGGAGGAUCAUGUACUGGGAAGGUAGAGCCGGCAUUGAAGAUAGUUGAAAAUGGUUUUACAAAUAUAAUGCACGAGAAACAGGAGGCAGGUUUUAAGCAGGCAAUCAAGAAGAUCACAAACAGAUCAAGAUUGAAGUUUUUGGACAUUACAGAAGCAUUUGGGUACCGCCAUGACGGUCAUCCGGGCCCAUAUAGGAGCCCCGACCCUAAUAAGAUCACCAAACGCGGCCCCAAUGGGAAGCCACCGCCACAGGAUUGCCUGCAUUGGUGCAUGCCAGGUCCAGUUGAUAUAUGGAAUGAGCUGGUUCUUGAAAUAAUUCGGAGAGACUUUGAAGGCAGGCAGCCAUAGUUCUUAACCCUGAGCUGUAGACAUUCGUUGUUAACAAGUCAUCGACCCCAAUGCUUCUGCUAUUCAAAGGUUAACACAUCCCUCGUGCUCGUUCCCAUUCUUUAAGGAUUCCUUGCAGACAAAAUAUCCUUUGUAACGCGCAGUUAGACUCGAGCUACCACUGUACUUUUGUUAAAUUAUGAAAAAGAAGUACCUUUACAGAGAUCACGUUUCCUCCCGCUCAAUCAAUGUCUCGCAUGGAAUGAAACUACGAGCUGCUUGUCGAUCUCCUCUUCGGGUCUGAAUUGUCUUCACUUUUGAUUCAAUUCUUUCCUGCUGCAUUUUGCUUCUCAAUUGGAUUAUCAUUAUCUGGAGUAAUUUCUGGCUCCCACCUUCCGUAACCUUUUGUUCUUUUCUUUCCUUUGGUACCUCAAGUUUGAAGUCUCAACAGUUGUAAAUAUAUAAAGAGGAAGAAAGGAGCAGGGAACAAAGAAGGAGAAGCCGCUGAGAGAAGUAACUAACUGCAAACCAGUUUGUUGAGUAAGCCAUAAGCUGAAUCAUUAGUCAUUACCCUUCCUUUGCUGUUAAAAAGACAGGUGGAGUUAAUUAACUUUGGCUUUGCGACUGCAUCGUCCGUCAUACUCAUAAUCAUCUCAGUAUUGAAGUAAAAUCAUGUAACUACCUGCCAGCACCAGAAAAUCAUGUAAAAUCAUUGUCAAUUUUA